ACUUAAUUCGUAAGUAGGCUGCUAGGUAGGUCAACGUGUUACCACUUACUGUUGAUUCUCAAACUUUCCAUUUCAUAUUUUAGUAAUAAAUGACGGUAUUUCACGACGAAGUGGAAAUCGAAGAUUUUGAAUAUGACGAAGAAACGGAAAUAUAUCACUAUCCUUGUCCGUGUGGUGACAGAUUUGAGAUAACAAAGGAGGCUCUAUGUAAUGGAGAAGAAGUUGCAACAUGCCCAAGCUGCUCAUUGAUUCUAAAGGUUAUUUAUGACUUGGAGGACUUCAUGGAGGGAGAAGAAGUAGCUCCACCUUUGCAGAAAGGACUUGAAACGGUUUGACAGGAAUUAUUCUGAAUUAGAAUCUGCCGUCUGGAUGACACAGGACCACUUAGAUGGUAUCGUUCAUUGAGGACUUUCUUUGGCUGAUGAUACUGGUUUUUCCUCAGUCUGAGAUGAGACAUAAAUGGACAUUGGAUAACAUCAGACAAAGACCAUUUUGUUCAUGGUAUAUUUGAUUGCCCAUUCUUUUCGCUCAUUCCCUAUUUUCCAUCAAAGCCUGCCUAAACUAAGCAAUAGUACAGGGUCAAGAAUAUGAAUUUUAUGGGAGUACAAUCUUACAAAAGUUCAGGAGCCAUUUCCGCCAUUGAUUCUUUGUGAAAAUUCAUAUUGUGAUUGAUUUAUUCUGCUUCAUUAUAAAAAUACACAUUAUAGUUUUAUACCUUUCCUUUUAUUGGAUAUUCGUUGUUUGAAUAGCAGAGUAUACAUGUACGUCAUGCUGGCCAUGCAUUGAUAAAAAAAAUAAGCUUGAAGAUUUUCGAAGGAAAGGUUUAUAUUAUUGACAGAAAUAUCCAAAUACAUAUACCCAUUCAGAAAAAGUUUAAUGUUUCUCUUUUCAGUGUUGGGAGUCUUGAGACGUUUCUCAUUUCAAGACAUGUCUUGAGACAGUGUUUUUGUGUCUUGUCUCGGUCUCGAGUGCUAAUUUUCAUGAAUUUCAUGAAAUCUCAUGAAUUGUCAGACUUUCUUUCCCAAAGAAUUUAACCACUUGAUCGUCAAUUAAAAUUGAUUAUUUUUUGUAUCACAGGAAAGAGUAAAUGUUACUCUUUUAUGUUAGUCAUUUUUUUAAAUAAAAUAUUUUGAUAAAUACAGUAAAUUUCAGGCCUGAAAAGAUGCCUCAAACAGAAUUUUCUUCCUCUGUUUUCUCUUGAAAAUUGUGCAAAACCCUUUUUUUUGCCCAAAUACUAUAUAAAUCAUCAGAAAGCUCGAACUCUGUACUUUCUUACAAUGCCACUCUUGAUAUGUGGGACUUUUUUGAUGGUCAAGUCAGCUUUUUCCUUAAAGAUACAAGACAAGUUUUUUGAAAUUUCUGAGUUGCAUAAAAUCCAGAGUUUUGAUUAGCUGAAUAAUGUUUUCAGAACAACUGGCACGGGUAAUUUGAAGGGAUCACCACAAGGUGAGUAUGACCUUGGAGAGGCCCAGUGUCAAAACUGCUAGAAUUUGUGUGAGCGGUCUCUAUGACCAAUUAGAGCACAGUAUUCAUGUUUUUAAGCUUAGAGAUCUUCAGUGUUAUGAAUAUCACUUGGAUAAAAGAAGCCACUUUUUGAGGACCUGCGGAAUGACUGAUGGUCAAGAUGAUGAAUUGUAAUGUUUGUCAGAGAAUGACCCUACAUCUUUUACUUACUGUUUUCUGAUGUACUCUCACUUCAAAUCUUAAAAAUGUAUACCGGUAAUCAAGGCUUUAAUAAGGGUCUUUAAUUUUUAUUAACUACAGAGAAUUGUGAGUUUCUACUUUACAAUUUUCACAAAAUUCCAGUAAAAGAUUCAUAACUGAUUAAUAGAUCUUAAAUUUUCUUUAACACAAUGAAUGUACAUCUUUAAGAUGACUACUUACACUGCUUUGUACUUUGCAGUAGACGAUUGAAGAGGGAAUGUGUAUUGUAAUGUGACUUAUUUGUUCAAUUAGUGUUAUCAUGGUUCAAUUUUGUUUUACUACAUUUUCUCAAGUGCCUGUUUUUUUUAUGGUAUAACAGCUCAAAUUUCACAUUUUUUUUCCAGAUGUGUAUGUGUGUGGUAAAUGCAGAUUGAUUUGACAUGUACAGUGUGUAUCAGAAAAUUGUACAUCGUUGAAUUGAAUAUUGUCAAUUAGUUUGAACAAACUGAAUGUGAAAAGUUACGGUAGAACAUGUAUUGUAUGGA